AUGGCGGUGUACGACUUGCGUUUGCGUGGCGGAAGCCACACGGAUGCCGAGGCCGCCACGUUAGCUGCAUCCCUUGCACAUCGUGCGUCCGUGGGAUCGCGGCUGGGAAACUUGACUCUCGACACCGGCGAAUUCCCCGAGGAAGAGAGUGUCGAAGGGCUUCGUGCGGUUGUGGAUGUACUCGACUACACUAACUAUAGUGCCGAGAUCCAAAGGCUGUAG